UUAAUGAGACUAGAUAAAAUUUCUUCGGUUUUUGUUUGUUUCUGUUAUCCACUGUCAUGUAAUUUACCAUUCUUACAAGUGCGUGAUCAACUUGGGUCAUUCCACAACUAUAUAAAUUGAGGAGCUUGAAGCAGCUUUUGCAUGAGCUUUCUCAUAGUUUCUUAAGCAUCAAUUUACAAAGAGCAAAAAGAGUUCUUACCAUGGCUGCAUCAAGUUUCGUGCCUUCAUCUGUGAUGGAAGAAGAAGCCAGGUUUGAAGCUGAAGUAGCUGAAGUGCAAGCAUGGUGGAACUCUGAGAGGUUCAAGCUAACCAAACGACCAUACUCCGCCCGAGAUGUGGUGUCCCUCCGAGGCAACCUCAGACAAACCUACGGCUCGAACGAGAUGGCUAAGAAGCUAUGGCACAUUCUCAAGACCCACCAAGCCAAUGGCUCAGCCACAAGGACUUUUGGUGCACUUGACCCAGUUCAGGUCACCCAAAUGGCCAAGCACUUAGACACCAUCUAUGUCUCAGGGUGGCAAUGCUCUUCCACUCACACCACCACCAAUGAACCUGGCCCUGACCUUGCUGACUACCCUUAUGACACUGUCCCAAACAAGGUUGAGCAUCUCUUUUUUGCUCAGCAAUACCAUGAUAGGAAGCAAAGAGAGGAGAGAAUGAGAAUGAGCAGGGAAGAGAGGGCUAGAACCCCUUAUGUUGAUUACUUGAGGCCAAUCAUUGCUGAUGGUGACACCGGCUUUGGCGGCACCACCACAACAGUUAAGCUCUGCAAGCUCUUUGUGGAGCGUGGCGCGGCCGGUAUCCACAUUGAGGACCAAUCUUCUAUGACAAAAAAAUGUGGCCACAUGGCAUCUAAAGUGCUUGUUGGAAUCAGUGAGCACAUCAAUCGCCUUGUGGCUGCAAGGCUUCAAUUUGAUGUCAUGGGUGUGGAAACUGUCCUGGUGGCGCGAACCGACGCAGUUGACGCUACCAUGAUUCAGUCCAACAUUGACUCCAGGGACCAUCAAUUUAUCUUGGGUGUGACAAACCCAACUCUCAAGGGAAAGACUUUGGCAAAUCUCAUUGCACAAGGCAUGGCUAAUGGGAAAAGUGGUGCUGAGCUUCAAGCUUUGGAGGAUCAGUGGCUAGCAAUGGCAAAUUUGAAGACUUUCUCAGAAGCUGUUGUGGAUGCAAUCAAGAGCCAGAACAUUGGAGAACAAGAGAAAAGGAGAAAAUUGAAUGAGUGGAUGAAAUGUUCUAGCUAUGAAAUGUGUCUUUCAAUCGAUGAAGGCAGGGACAUUGCUGAGAGACUGGGGGUGAAAAACCUCUUCUGGGACUGGGAUUUGCCUAGAACAAGAGAAGGGUACUACAGGUUCAAAGGUUCUGUGACCGCGGCAGUUGUUCGUGGCAGGGCUUUCGCUCCUCAUGCUGAUGUGAUAUGGAUGGAAACUUCAGGCCCCAACAUGGUUGAGUGCACUAGUUUUUCUGAAGGGGUUAGAUCAAAGCACCCUGAGAUGAUGUUGGGGUACAAUCUUUCUCCAUCUUUCAACUGGGAUGCUUUUGGAAUGACAAAUGAGCAGAUAAGAGACUUCAUUCCAAGGAUUGCUAAGUUGGGGUAUGUGUGGCAGUUCAUAACAGUGGCUGGUCUGCACUCUAAUGCACUCAUCACUUCAACUUUUGCAAAGGAUUUUGCAAGCAGGGGAAUGCUGGCUUAUGUGGAGAGGAUUCAGAGAGAGGAGAGGAACAAUGGAGUUGACACUCUUGCUCACCAGAAAUGGGCUGGUGCUAACUACUAUGAUAGGUACCUCAAAACUGUACAGGGCGGUGUUUCCUCAACUACUGCAAUGGGAAAAGGGGUGACUGAAGAGCAAUUUAAGGAAACAUGGACUAGGCCAGGAGCUGAAGACAUUAAUGGAGGCAGCAUUGUGGUUGCUAAGGCCAGAAUGUGAAAGAGCCACUACAUAUGCUGAAGUAUGCUGCUGAGUGAGGAACUUUGGGGAAGUUCACCAAUUACUAUAUUGGAUUUGGAAUAAAUGUCCACAGUAAAUUAAACAGGCCAUUAAAUCAUUCUGGUGUUUUUUGGCUGCAUAAUUUCUUUGUAUUUCUUACUUGUUAGGACUCUCAAUCCUUAUGGGUAAAGGGAAGAAAGAAAACAUGUUUGUGUUUGAUCUGUUUACUCCUUGCAUUAAUAUAUUUUACAUUGUGCACUUCUCAAUGUCAUUUUUUUUUAAC